AACCCGGAGCGGCCUGCAAACCCUCCAUCCACAGGUUUUCUCCAGAAACCCCAGCCUGCGCUACAUAAAUCUGUCCAGGAACUAUAUGUUGAAGACGUUGUCCUGGCAGGUCUUUGAAGAUCUGCAGCUCUCAGAACUGCAUAUGGAGGAGGUGGUGUUUCCCUGUGGCUGUGAGAUCCGCUGGCUUCAGCUGUGGCAGCAGAGCGGACGGGCCGGCCUUAGCAACCAACAGCUUACCUGCUCCACUGGAGAUGCUGAAAUUCUCCUGAUGGACAUGAAUGUUACCAACUGUGACCUGCCGGUUGUCAGCGUCAGUCACAGCAACAUAAUAGUUGUUGAAGGUGGUCAAGUUACGGUGAUCUGCAACGGUUCAGGAUCACCAAUACCAGAGGUGGACUGGCCCGCGGACCGCUUGCGCUCUAUACCUGAACACGGGGCUACUAUCUAUAACAACAGCGUUCACUCCAUCAGCAUAACCCUGGUCAAUGUCAGCAGGGAGGACAACAAUUUCCAGCUAACUUGCACCGCUACCAACAUUGUAGGCUUGGCAACAGCCAUCGUUAACCUCACCGUUCACUUUCCGCCUUCCAUUGUGAAGCUGAAGGAGCCAGAACGCCGCCAUGACACAUGUAUAGAGUUUACUGUUCGGGGUUCACCCCGUCCCAGUUUAAGAUGGUUCCAUGACAAUAAGGAAAUAACCCACAAUGAGUACAUUCGCCUUGAUAUGGAUAUUUACCGUGACGACCUAGAGGGCUGCCUUCUUUUUAAAAACCCAACGCACUACAACAACGGCAACUACACUCUGGAAGCCAACAACUCUCUGGGCGUGGUCACCAGGACGGUGUAUGGACACUUCCUUGAAACGCCCCCUCCUGAUUUGGAUAAUGAAUAUGACACUCCGACUGCAGAGACUCGCAAACCUUUGGAAGAUCCUUUUGGGGUCUCCAUGGCGGUAGGGCUGGCAGCGUUUGCCUGCGUCGUCCUCGUGGUUCUGUUUGUUCUCAUCAACAAAUACGGACGACAAUCUAAACUCAUCAUUAAAGGUCCAGGAGCAGCGAUGAGUGGUGAAGAAAACUCUGCUAGUCCCCUCCACCAUGUAAAUAACGGCGUUAUAAGCCCCUGUGCUCUGGAUGUUGGGUUAGAUUCUGUGGUGAUUGGGAUGUCCAGGAUCCCCAUCAUAGAGAACCCACAGUACUUUAGACAUGGACACAACUGCACAAAGCCAACCACCUACGUUCAACAUAUUAAACGUCGAGACAUUAUUCUGAAGAGAGAGCUGGGAGAAGGUGCCUUUGGGAAGGUCUUCUUGGCUGAAUGUUACAACCUCAGUCCAACUAAGGAUAAGAUGCUGGUCGCUGUAAAGACGCUAAAGGACCCCACGCUUGCAGCCAGGAAGGAUUUCCAGCAUGAGGCGGAGCUGCUGACCAACCUUCAGCACGAGCACAUCGUCAAGUUCUAUGGCGUGUGUGUGGAUGGAGACCCUCUCAUCAUGGUCUUUGAGUACAUGAAACACGGAGAUCUCAAUAAGUUUCUCAGAGCCCACGGACCAGACGCCACCAUCCUGGUGGAUGGGCUGCCUCUUCAGACCAACGGGGAGCUGGGUCUGUCCCAGAUGCUUCACAUCGCCAGUCAGAUCGCGGCUGGGAUGAUCUACUUGGCCUCCCAACACUUUGUCCACCGUGAUCUCGCAACAAGGAAUUGCUUGGUGGGGAACGGCCUUCUGGUGAAGAUAGGCGAUUUUGGAAUGUCAAGAGACAUUUACAGCACUGAUUACUACAGGGUUGGAGGUCACACCAUGCUCCCUAUUCGUUGGAUGCCCCCAGAGAGCAUCAUGUACAGGAAGUUCAGCACAGAGAGUGAUGUGUGGAGCUUUGGAGUUAUUCUCUGGGAGAUCUUCACCUACGGCAAACAGCCAUGGUUUCAGCUCGCCAACAAUGAGGUUAUUGAAUGCAUUACUCAGGGCAGAGUCCUGGAACGCCCAAGAAUCUGUCCUAAGGAAGUCUAUGAUAUCAUGUUGGGCUGCUGGCAGCGGGAGCCACAGCAGCGCCUCAUCAUUAAAGACAUUCAAAACAAGCUUCAGGCACUGAUGAAAUCCACACCCGUGUAUCUGGAUAUACUGGGAUAAGAACUGAUACCGAUGUGAAGGAACAGGACGCAGACCUCCUUCAAACCAGAGACCCAUCCACGCUGCGUUUAAGUUUGAUGGAGGCGAUGAAACAAACUAACUUAGGCCGAGAACUGGUCACACUGACCCAUAACCUUGAUCUGGCAUAUUUUUUCACGUCAUUCAUAACUAAGAAAGUUGUCAAACUGGAGGUAAACUUGUGAACUAUGUUUGUCCUAGACUGGAAUUUUUUUUUUUUUUUAGUAAUUCAAUCCACAUGUACAGAUUACUGCAGCACUGAUUUUUCAGUUCGGACCUACGGUAGACAUUUCAGUAGUUUGGUCAUUGUUUGUCAUAGAAGUCACUGUGUGCUUAAGUGUGAAUCAGAAUUCAUUUGACCAAUCAUUGUUUUAUUCACUACUUAAUAUUAAGGUAUUUUGUCCUUUCACAUACAUAUAAUAAAAAGAAUACA